AGUUGUAAUAAAGUCCUCUGAGAACCAGCGGGGGAAACAGUGCUCGAGUCACAUUCACCGGAAUAGAGAGUCGCUUUUUAUUUCCAUCCACAGCGCGGACAGAUCUGAGUGACCGUGCGGGACGGAAGUGGACAGUGGACGGAGCAGGUCUCAUUUCACCUGCGGGACAAGUGGAACUAACGUCACGUGCAGCUCGGUACUGUAUCAGUCAAAAUGAAGCACCUCCCCGUGUUUUGCCUGUGUGCGCUGGCGAUGCUGCAUGGCCUUGAGGCUGCUCUGCCCCCGGCCGCCUCGUAUGGUGAACGGGGCUCAGAUCUUGGCAUACAGGUGUUUCAGCAAGUGGUGCGCUCAAAGCCCCAGGAAAAUGUAGUGUCUUCACCCCAUGGAGUGGCCUCCAUCCUCGGCAUGCUGCUGACUGGAGCCAAGGGAGAGACCCGGAAGCAGAUCAUUAGUGGUCUGCGCUACAAGAAAAAUGGUCCUUAUAAGAUGUUGAGGAAACUGCACAAGACCCUGACCGCAAAGUCCAACCAGGAUGCUGUCCUGAUCGCCAAUGGCAUCUUCAGCCAGGAGGGCUUCCCCAUGGAGGAGUCCUUUGUAGCCACCAACAAGGGCAACUUCCAAAGUGAGAGCAGGAGCUUGAACUUCGGCAACCGCCAGGGGGCAGCCAAUGAAAUCAAUGACUGGGUCAACAAUAAGACCAAAGGUCACAUCUCCAGCCUGAUCAAACCAGACAUGCUGGACGCGGCACUGACCCGUCUGGUGGUUGUCAACUCCAUCUACUUCAAAGGCUUAUGGAAGUCCCGCUUCCAGCCGAUGAACACUAAGAUGAAGCCCUUCAAGGCGGGAAAUGGGAACGUACUUUCAGUCCCAAUGAUGUCGCAGCUGUCUGUCUUCAACAUAGGCUUGGCCACCACACCACACGGGCUGAAGUAUAAGGUCAUCGAGCUCCCCUACCAUGGCAACACCAUCAGCAUGUUGAUUGCCCUGCCCUCUGAUGAGGACACAGCUCUGUCCCGUAUCAUCCCACACAUCAGCACAGCCACAGUGCAGGGCUGGACCAAACUGAUGCACAUGAGGAAGGUCCACCUGGCCAUCCCCAAGUUUACUGCUGAUGCGGAGGUAGAUUUGGAAGCUCCACUUGCAGCACUGGGAAUAAGAGACAUGUUCAGUCAGGAACGAGCUGACUUCAGUCACAUAAGCCCUGUGGGUUUGCACGUAUCCAAGGCCCUUCAGAAAGCGAAAAUUGUGGUGAAUGAAGACGGAACCAAAGCAGCCGCUGCCACUACUGCCAUUUUGCUGGCUCGUUCCUCUCCACCCUGGGUGAUGGUGGACAGACCUUUCCUCUUCCUCAUCAGACACAAUCCAACAGGUACCAUUCUCUUUAUGGGCCAGAUCAACCAGCCUCGAGCCUAGCCAUCACUGGACAGCCCCUGGUAGUGUCAUAGGCCAGCACAAGAAAAAUACUUCUACACUGCCAAACAGACACGCACACACACUCACACCUCACACACACACAUUAUGUACAGUGUGGACAUAUGAUGUUAUUUGUUAUGAAUUUUUGCUUUAUGUUCCCAUUUUCCAAAAUGCAUAUCAUGCUUUAUUCCAUGUUUUGCAGACUAAGUUUUCUAAAAGUUUUAAUUUUUUAUACUUUUAAUUUGACUUUAUUACAUUUUUAAAAGACUUUGAAUGUCACUUGUGUAUUUUCUCAACUACCUUGUUUGUAUUCAUUCAAUCACUUUCAGUUCCAAAGCUUUCCAUCUGAAGUCACUUCAGGUCACUAUAAGUUACACACUUGGUUACCUUGAACACUUUAAAUUCAGCUACUUAAAUAUGAUUCUUUCCUUCUCUGAGGAAGUCUUCUUUUAUUAUACCUGCUUCAUAUUUGAGAAAAUAAAUACACAUAUUUAAAACACUAA